GACAACGAUGGGCCGCCUUUUCAUUUCCGGUUUUUUAUUUUAGUUUUUUAAUUUGUCAAAAAUUUUACUAGUGACAACGAUGAGCCACCAUAUACGUCAUUGAUACCUAAAUGAUAUAGAGAAUUUCAUUAUAACAAAAGUUUUCAACAUUUACCUGGCAAUUACGUCAAACCCUGACCCCGUGUAUCUUAUUCUCACUCUGUGUAUUGUUAUAUUUUAGGCGCGUAUAAUUAACAUUAUUCUAAUACAUCAAUAUAAAAAAAAAACUCAACAAUUUAAUUCAGGAAUCUCCAGAUCCAUUUCAUGAUUAAAAUGCACUGAAUUUUUAUGCAUGAGCUUUCUAAAUAUAAAAUAAUGUUUGCGUGACAUACCACCGCAGCACCUAUUUAUAUCUUAAUACCAGAAUAACUGAUCAUCUACGAUGUUGAAUAACAACAUAGCCUCCGUGAGAGUUGUUGCAAAAAUGUGCAGCUCAUCAAUUAUAUUUCGAUGUUACAGAGUCAGUAUAGUUUUCACGUAUAUCAGGCUUUAUAGCUUUGAAGAAUUCAGCUAUUCAAGUCUCAAGAAUUAGAAUGAUUGCAAAAUACCAGUAGCACAAUUUGGUUUUUCUAACUGUUAAAGAAGAUGCGUGGGUGCUUCAAAUGGGAUUUUAUCAAGUGUCACCAAGAAACAGGCGGUUCGUUUUGAAGAGAGGUAAUGACGCAUGAAAGAAUAUUUAUGAUUGCAUUACGUUUUACAAGUGUAUAAUUGAAGAAAAAAUAGAAAAGAAGACAGAUGAAGAUUAUACAGGAUGCUCACAUCUUGAGCGAGGAGGAGACUAUAAAACGUGGGAAUUGAAGCGGAUUGUCAUUAAACGAUAAGUGCAGUCUGUAUAACAACUUCCUAUACUCUCUCAACGAUCACGAUCUUUAUUAAAGUAUGAGGAUUCUUCCCGAUCUCAGCUUACUUCUUCUUGGAGUUUUAUUAAGCAAAUUCAGCAUGGGCUUCUCACGUCGAAUUUCUGAAACAAAAGCUCUCUUCCUAUCAAGUGGUAACGAAACUGAAUCAACACAUCGAACGAAAUAUAGAAAAUUAGUGAAACAGCCGGUUGAUUGUUCGACAAUGAUUGACUCGCCAAAACACUGUCCAUAUAUGAUGGGACUAACGGCAUUUUCUAAACUCAGCGGGAAAAGAUCGAAAAAUAGCAUUUCUCCUUGGGUUACAAGGAUGGACUAUGAUCCCUCUCGAUUACCACAAGCCUUCCCUGUUGUAUGUUGUUCAUGUUUACACUGUGUGAGAAGGUCCAAAAAUGGACAGCCAACAAUUAUGCCACAACAUUAUAGCAAAGCUGUUUACAUAAAAAAGAAAGUUUAUAGACCUGAAGACGGAUUUCGUCCAAGAUUUAUUAAAGUUUCUGUUGGAUGCACUUGUGUUUAUAGACCAUUUGGGAUCUGACAAGUUGAAUACUACUUGUUUUUAGGUUAA